AUGGGAGACUGGUCAAUUCUGGGACGCUUCCUAGUGGAGGUUCAGAACCACUCCACAGUGAUCGGGAAGAUCUGGCUAACAGUGUUGUUAAUCUUCCGAAUCUUGCUGGUGACUCUAGUAGGAGAUACAGUGUACGGUGACGAGCAGUCCAAGUUCAUCUGCAACACACUCCAGCCGGGCUGCAACAAUGUCUGCUACGACACAUUUGCGCCAGUCUCACACCUGCGCUUCUGGGUCUUCCAGAUUGUCCUGGUCUCUACACCAUCCAUCUUCUAUAUCAUCUAUGCUCUCCACAAAAUCACCAAAGAUGAGAAGGUUCGGACAGAGCGAGCUCAGGCUCUGCUCCACCGUCCACAUGUUAGACAGUCGGGUGGAGGAAGUGACAUUUACUUGGGAGGUAAGCUAUCAAAUGGGCUACAAGCUGAGGAAAGUCCCAGUGAGGAGUCGUCUCUGGAGCAAAGCCUCCUCCAAGAUGACUACCGAGAGGUUGACAAGGACCCGACUGAACAUUCAGGCCAAAUUUUGUUGAUCUACAUCAUUCAUGUGUUUCUUCGAGCCAUUCUAGAGAUAAUGUUCCUGGUGGGCCAAUACUACAUGUUUGGAUUUAAGGUGCCAUUUCUGUUUCGCUGCAAAGCCUACCCAUGCCCGACUCAAACCGACUGCUUUGUGUCACGUGCUACUGAGAAGACUAUAUUCCUAAACUUCAUGUUUGGCACAAGUUUGGGUUGCUUUUUUCUCAACAUUGCUGAGCUUCACUAUCUCGGCUGGGUCUAUAUCUUGCGCAUGCUAUAUACAGCAUGUUUCCAGUGCUGUGAACCUAAAGGGAAACCAUAUGUUUCUCACAGUCCGUUGCAGCUUAGACUCCAGCAUUCAAUGCGAAGUAGGCUGGUCCUACAGUCCUCUUCAACCACUCUGUCCCAUAAGACAGCAGCCAGUGCCUUGCUCUCACAUGGACCAUCCAUUUCUUUUGAGACAGACUCAACACUAGAGUACACCUCGAAGACAAACCCAGAUGAAAAAAAGCGCACAGGAAUAAAAUUAACCAACAUGGCUAAGUUGAGCAGCAAGAAGUCUUGGUUAUGA